AUGCAAGCGAUGAACCGGUGCACGAUCAUCAUAAUGCUGUGCUGUGCCGUUCGGUGGUUAGGGCCUACGCAGGCUCUUGUUCUCAGUGAUGUGAUACCUCGAAUGGGCCGGGACCAGUUGCAGGACACUAAUGCAACGGAGGUGAAUCGCAGCUCCGAUUCGACCCGUCUUACGUUUGAGUUCGUUAUUGAACUCAACCGACUGAUCAACAGACUAUCCUCGAUUCCGGCAGCAGACGGUCCAUUGAGCGCCCCCAAGAAAGCGUACGAAACGGAGAAGGAGUGGACGAAAACGGAGCAACGGUUAGAGCAACUUGUACAGCAGAGUGCCAGUAACGAUCACAGCAAUGAUACAUCGUCGAUGGAACACCUCACAGCGGCCAGUGAAGCAUUUCGCAAGCAUAAGAAGGACUUUGAGGGGUUACUUUCGUCGAACGAUAGCCGACUUCGAGCGGUCCCGCUCGCACUGGCAGUGAACUUUGCGGUUGAGGAUCUUAAGGAAAUCACGAUCGAAUUGCUGCACCAUCUGGAGCGUGGCAGUGGCCGCGUGGUGGCUAGCCGUGCGCACGGUUCGGCGACGACAGUAUCUUCCUUCCUCGCCUUCUUUCGCCGUAAGACCGAUGACACGAAAAAGGCAUUCGUAACGCAAGUGAACCUAACCCUGCGCCGUAUCAAGGCGCGGUUAGCGGAACUCGACACCACCCUUGAACUGGCCAUGUACAUCAAGUUCCUUACGAAUACACUAAACACGCUCAAAACCAAUAUAUUGACCAGUCUUGAAAUGGCCUACAUGGAUGUUAGCGACUCAUUGACGACCGAAGGCAACAACGCGGAUACGAAUUUGGCUGGGGGUCUGGCAGAACUGUUGAGUAGCGCGAUCGACCCGGAGACGCACCCUUCGAUCUAUCUUGAACGGUGCCUUACACGCUUCGUCUACAAUUACUAUGAACAGUCACGUGCCCUUGGUAAAUUUUUAUACUGCGUUCAAACAGAACCCGAUACGUUGGACUCGCUAGUAGCGAUCGCUGUUCCGUUUCUGGAACGGGCCGUAGUAUCUGAUUCGAGCAUCACACAGCUAAUAUUCAUUUGCUCCUCGCCAGAUUCUACGGGCUGCGAGAAUAACUUUUUUCAUGAUUUGAGUGUUACCGACACCAGAGAACUUCGGUACAGCAAGUUUGAAGAGCUAAUCAGUGCGGAGUUAAUGCUGCUUGAGGAACGUGUUAAAACGUGCACGUCCUCUAUUCCCCACGUCAUGGAAGAUUUCGCUAAGGCAACUCAGGACAAGUUUACUACUUGUUUGACGUCUGGGAAAAUAGCCUGA